AUGAGCCGCCAAUUUAGCUCUCGGUCAGCAUUUAGCUCCAGGAGCAGGCGGUUUUACAACAUUAGCUCUUCCGCGGGCUCUGGUGGUGGGAGUCGGGCUGUGGGGUCUGUGUGUCAGGCCCGAGGCAGGUGUGGUGGUGGUGGGUAUGGGGGCCACGCCAGGGGGUUUGGUUCUAGGAGCCUCUACAAUCUGGGAGGCAGCAAAAGCAUCUCCAUUAGCCUAGUGGGGAGAAGUGCCAGUGGUUUCUGCCAGGGUGGGGGAGUGGGAGGGGGACUUGGAGGGGGCAGAAGCUUUGGGGGCGGUGGCUUCGGAGGUGGUGGCUUUGGGGGUGGUGGCUUUGGAGGUGGUGGCUAUGGAGGAGGUGCUUUUGGGGGUAGCAGUUUUGGGCUUGGGGGCUUUGGUCCUUCCUGUCCCCCAGGGGGCAUCCAAGAGGUGACUAUUAACCAGAGCCUCCUGCAGCCACUUCACUUGGAGGUGGACCCUGAAAUUCAGAAAGUCAAGACCCGGGAGCGGGAGCAGAUCAUGGCCCUCAACAACAAGUUUGCCUCCUUCAUCGACAAGGUGCGAUUCCUGGAGCAGCAGAAUCAGGUGCUACAAACCAAAUGGGAGCUGCUGCAACAGGUGAACACCUCUACUCGGACCAAUAACCUGGAGCCCGUCUUGGAGGGCUACAUCGGCGAGCUACAGAGGCAGGUGGAUUUUCUCAAUGCAGAGCAGAUGCGCCAGAACACGGAAAUCAGGAGUAUGCAGGACAUCGUGGAGGACUACAAGAGCAAAUAUGAGGAAGAAAUCAACCGGAGGACCAGCACUGAGAAUGACUUUGUCGUCUUGAAGAAGGAUGUGGAUGCUGCUUAUAUGGCCAAGGUGGAUCUUCAGGCCAAAGUUGACAACUUGCAGCAGGAGACUGAUUUCUACAGAGCACUCUAUGAAGCAGAGUUGGCCCAGAUGCAGACUCAUAUCAGCGAAACCAAUGUCAUCCUGUCCAUGGACAACAACAGGAACCUGGACCUGGACAGCAUCAUCUCUGAGGUCAAAGCUCAGUACGAGGAGAUUGCCCAGAAGAGCAAGGCCGAGGCCGAGGCGCUCUACCAGACCAAGUAUGAAGAGCUCCAGAUCACUGCUGGCAAACAUGGGGACAGCCUGAAAAGUACAAAGAUGGAGAUUUCUGAACUGAAUCGGAUGGUCCAGAGACUGCGAUCUGAGAUCGAUAGUGUCAAGAAGCAGAUCUCUGCGCUGCAGCAAUCCAUCAGCGAUGCCGAGCAGCGUGGUGAGAACGCCCUCAAAGAUGCCCAGAACAAGCUGGCCGAGCUGGAGGAUGCCCUGCAACAGGCCAAGGAGGACAUGGCCCGGCUGCUGCGUGACUACCAGGAGCUGCUGAAUGUCAAGCUGGCCCUGGAUAUGGAGAUCGCCACCUACAGAACCCUUCUGGAAGGAGAGGAAAGCAGGAUGUCUGGAGAGUGUUCCCCGAAUGUGAGCGUGUCGGUGAACACCAGCCACACCACCAUCAGUGGAGGUGGUGGCCGAGGAGGCGGAGGUUUCGGCUCCGGUGGCGGAGGCGGCGGCUAUGGCUCUGGAGGCGGCUAUGGCUCCGGAGGUGGCAGUUACGGCUCUGGAGGUGGCGGCUACAGCUCUGGAGGUGGCGGCGGCUUCGGUUCCGGUAGCAGCAGUGGGGGCCACCGAGGCGGCUCUGGAGGGGGCGGCCGGGGUUCCGGCGGGAGCUCUGGAGGCAGUUUCAGUUCGUCUGGAGGCCGGGGAUCCAGCUCUGGGGGUACUAAGACCUCUGGUGGCAGUUCCAGUGUGAAGUUUGUUUCCUCCAGCUAUUCCAGAGUGAUCAGAUAA